GGAUGAAUGUUAUCCCUCGGUCCAACCCACUUUCAGCCUGGCGCAUUAGGGGGCGCUAGUAUAAAUAGUGGCCAUUUGAGUGUCCCUGGAUCGCUUACCUGUGACCUCCUUUUUGGUCACCUGACUUCCUGUUGGUGUUGCUGAGCUUAGUUGCGGGUUACUUUUCUGAAGCCUCCAUCGCAGCUGAUGCGGAGUGCCGACGUGGAGGAGACCAGGGUGCCUUGGUGGUGGGAUCCUCUGAGUGUACACUCCUGCCUUGUUUAGUUUAUUAGUGAUAAAAGCAAAGCAGCAGCUACUUUGGUGUGGGAUUCCACAGCUGUGUUACAGAGAUGGAGGAAGAGUUACAGGAACUCAGGGACUUGAUCGCGCAGCUGAAAGCAGACAAUGAGAGGCUGCGUCAGGAGAGGGCUGUUGAGUCAGGUACUGGUGCUACACCUUCUACUUCAACCGCAUCAUCUGUUAACCCCCCAACUGCUAGUGUCUCUGUAGCAGAGAGACUAGUUUUUGUGCCCCGUGACAGAAAAUGCCCUAUGUUUAGAGGAAAAUCAGGUAUAGGGUUGAAUGAAUGGUUGGAGGAAAUAGAAGGUUGUGCUAGAGCACGUCAUUUGUCUUUGGCUGAUAAAGCAUUUUUCCUGUUUGACCACCUGGAAGGGGAAGCACGUGAGGAGAUCAAAUAUCGCUCUAGUGCAGAGAGGUCGGAUCCCGCUAAGAUAAUCACUAUAUUGCAAGAACUUUAUGGCUGUUCAGACUCCUAUGUAGCAUUGCAGGAAGCUUUCUUCUCUAGAAAACAGCAGGAAAGUGAGACACUGCAAGAGUUUUCCCUCGCUCUCCUGGGUCUUAUGGAGAAAGUUAAAUUGAGUGCCCCCAAUGGCAUGCCCAAUGCUGAUGUUUUAUUAAGAGAUCAAUUUGUUGAACAGGUCUUAGACAGUACCUUGCGGCGGGAGUUAAAGCAGCUAGUAAGGAGGCAGCCAACACUAACAUUGCUAGAGAUUAGAGGGGAAGCUAUUAGGUGGGAACGUGAAGGGUUGCCUAGUGGCGUUAGACAUAGAAGCAGUUCUGUUCCUUCUGUCUAUGGGAUUCAGUAUGGGGUCCAUAGCGGUCCUUCAGGAAUAGCCCAGCCCACCCAUUUGUCUGAGAUGAGUGAGAUGAAGGAAUUGUUAAAGCGCCAGCAGGAGCAACUUAAUCAGCUCACUCAGAGCAUUGCUCAAUUGCAGGGCCCCCAUCGAAUGUCUCGCUCAGGACGGAGCGAUUCCAUUAUAUGCCGACGUUGUCAGCAACCUGGACAUUUUGCUCGGGAGUGUGAUGGGGAACGUGUUCCUCGUUCCCGGCCUCCUUCGCAGGCUCCUCUGCAUAAUCGCAGGCACUCUCCUUUAAAUACGGCUUCGGAAAACUAGCACCCUCCGUAUUGCCGAGCCACAGUUCGGGUGGGGUGUCUAUUGGCUCAAGGGUUGUUUCUAAUGGUCCAGAGGCAGUCUCCAAAUUAAUUUCAUCCUGUCCGCAUAUAGAUGUGGACAUGGGCGGUAUAAAGGUACCUUGUUUGGUUGAUACGGGGUCCAUGGUCUCUACCAUUACUGAAAGCUUUUUCCGCCAGCAUUUUGAGUCCUGGGGUCAAGAGCGUCUCCAAGCUUGUCAUUGGUUGCAGCUUAAAGCGGCUAAUGGUUUGUCCAUUCCCUACCUUGGCUAUAUCGAGCUAAGUGUAGAGCUCUGUGAUAAGUUUCUUCCACAGUGUGGCGUGUUGAUCGUUAAAGAUCCUCCAGGUGCAGGACCUUCCACGGUUCCGGGUGUAUUGGGGAUGAAUGUCAUUCGGAAGUGUUACCACGAGCUUUUUGGGCAACAUGGUGAAGCAUUGUUUAGUUUGGGCUCUGUCACAGAGGCCCCUAAACCCCUUGUGCAUGCGCUGCAAAAGUGCCAUGAUGUUAGUAUAA